UUCAUGUAUUCAUAAGUUGGAUUGAAUAUCUUUUCUUUCUUUCUUUCUUUCUUUUUUUCUUUUUUACUUGCCCUACUUCUUAUAUUAACCAGCAAUUACAGGAUAAGCUCCAUCAUGACCACUCACCAGCAGACAAAGCCCGAAGAAGCGACGUUCGAAGAGAUUCAGGAUCUUAUCCAUCAGAAGGACAGAAUUGUACCGCUGAUCGAUGUCCGUGACCCUAACGAGACCGAUCUUGGUGUGAUCCCUACAGCGCAUUCGAUUCCACUCUCGAAACUCCAUGAUGCCUUGACUACAUUAUCAGAGCAAGAAUUCGAACAGCAAUAUGGGUUUAAACGGUUUGGGAAGGAUGACGAAGUCAUUUUCUAUUGCAGAUCAGGUCGACGCUCAAGGCUUGCGUUUGGACAGGCACAGGAGUUGGGCUACAGUCAUGUCCGACACUAUCCAGGAUCAUGGAAUGAAUGGUCCGUCAGAUUUCAAUCCACAGCUUAAAAAGGAAAAAAAGAAAAAAGGCUAUUUGACAUCCAGAGACAUUGGUGAAGAAACAACUUUUCUUUUUUUAUUUUUAUUUUUAUUUUUAUUUUUGUUUUUGUUUUAAAAAUUAUAACAAUUAAAAAGGCUUUUUUAUCUCUUUAAUAAAAAUGAUGUACAAGCUCAU